CUUCCUUCCUGGAUAAGGAGGACGUGAAGUGUGCCUUUGUACUAUAUCAGAUUGCAUCUGUUUACCAAGGAACUUGAAGCAAGAUAGCUGCUAGAACUGAGAAUCGGUAUGCAGACCUGAUAUGACUUCGCUGAUUAGGUAGAGGCACAUGGAUCAGGCCACUGAUGAAGCUAUUGCACGCGCACUUGGAGCUGAGUACUACGGGGUAGGCGACCCCGACUAUGCAGCAGAUGCGCCAUACGUAGACGACUCCGAGGACUCAGACUAUGGCGGUGGCCCUAGAAAGAAAAAGCGCAAGGCUGGGGGCGGCGGGCGUGGCCGCGGACGAGGCAGGCCGCCGGCCUCCGCCAGGCUGGACGCAGGCGGCUUCGUGGGGUUAGGCGCCGGCGGCGACCCGGGCGCUCCCUCGGAUGGCGAGGGCGACUCGGACGAUGACGACGACCGCACCAAGAGCGGCCGGCGGCGGCGCAAGGACGUGGGCAAGCAGCGUCAGGCGGGUCGUGCCUGGACCGCCGAGGAGGAGUCGCUGUUCCUGCAGGCCAUGGAGAUGCACGGCCGCGACUGGAAGCGGGGCAGCGAGCUGGUGGGCACACGCGACCACCGAGCCAUCGCCUCGCACGCACAGAAGUUCUUCAUUAAGCUGUGUCUGGCGGGCAAGCCGCUGCCGGCGGCGGUGGCACGCAGCGGGGCGGGUUACACGCUGAGUGGCGCCAUGCUGGAUCCCUACUCGGCGGCGGCCAGGUCGUACGGUUUCAAACCGGAGUUGCUGACACGUCUCUCCCCCGAGGAGCUGCAGCAGGCGUUGUCCGGUCUGGAUCUGGACCGCCUGCCGGUGAUGUACGGCGGGCGGCUGCCGGACGACCAGGCGCCCAUUCAGCCGCCGCCGCGGAGCGCAUCCAUGGGGGGCAUGGGGGAAGAG